AUGGGUGUCACCAACACGAAAAGCGUCCCCUCGAGAAGGGCAGUGGCCGACGAGGGCCAACCACCAUGGUUCGUUCCACGGCCCCACAUCGACAACGCGGUUCUCCGCUUGCACGAGGAGAUCUUAGACUUCGUCGACUUCAUGCAGCAUACUCAAGAGGAGGUGCAUGCCCGGCGAAGAUGGGUGCAGACCAUCAAGGACACCUGCAAGGCUUUGUGGCCAGGCUGCAAGGUCUCGGUUUUUGGAUCCUUCUUCACCGGCCUCUCCUUGCCCAACGGAGAUGUGGAUGUCGCAGUCACGGACGUCGCCUGCAAGACAGGUACUGCGAUGAAGAUGCUGGCGGAUCAGCUACUCUCCAAGGGAGAGAUCAGCUGGUUGGAAAUCAUCGAGACUGCGAAGGUGCCGGUGAUCAAGGUUCGAUCGCAGUCAUGUGGCCUUCGUGCCGAUGUGGUCUUCAGCCAGCCGGAUGGCAUGGACUCCUCCAAGUUCAUCCGCUCCAAGCUGAAGGAGUAUCCGCAGAUGAAGCCAUUGCUUCUAUUCCUGAAGUACUUCCUUCUGCAGAGAGGGCUCCACGAGACCUACACAGGUGGUAUGGGCUCCUACCUUCUCUGCAACGUGGUUCUCCAUUUCCUCCAGAGGCAUCCGUCAUCCCGGAGUGCCCGCCAGUAUGCCGGAACUUCGCUGGGACACUUGCUCUUCGACUUCCUGAAGUACUAUGGGCAGGAGUUCAACUACAAGGAUCAGGGCAUCUCGGUUCUCGAUGGCGGAUCGACCUUCGCGAAGGCUGGCCGUUUCCCCGAGAGGAAGCAGCGAGGCCCGCACGAUUGGGGACCAAAACUGCAACUGUGCCUGGAGUCCCCGCUGGCUCCGGACAUGGACUUGGGUGGGGCUUGCUUUCGCAUGCCUAUUCUGCGGAAUCUCUUCCAUCAUGGGUUUCACUGUAUUUGCCACCUCUUCGUGUCUCGUUCGCCACCGGAGGUGUCGAUGCUCUGCCCCUUGCUGAUAGACCCGGCGCAUCCGGUCAUCACGGACCGGUUCAAGCUCAUGUCCGAGCAGCCCGCAGCCCUUCCGGGAAUGAAGCGGAAGGUCUCCCAGGCCUGA